AGGCUUGUCCGUACUGGAUAGGCUGCAUCUCUACCAACCCUUCUCUCCCUCUCAAGCGUUUCUUUGCACGGACAAACCUGAUGCCUGGAAAGUGUAAUGGGAACGUCAGGAGUUUGCUGCCUGCAGGAACAUAGAGUUUGGUGUUUCGAGCAAUAGGAUUAUGAUGGUUCAGCAAAAGUCUGCUGUUGCAGUUUCCUUCGAGACCACAGAUUAUUGACAAGAGAGGAGAUGGAUCGGGGACGCCGUGCUCCUGUGCAUUCUUCUCUUCUUGGGACUGUGGCCUGCUUAAGCAUCAUCCAAAUGCACAUUGUGCUAAGGAUAUUGUUUUUCUAACAGUUAAAGGAAGAAAUGUUUUAUUAAAGUAUCCUGAGGACUACAGACUUAAAAAAAAAAGUUCCUUGAAUUCUUUGAAGAGCUGCCGAAUUUAAGAAAGGAAGAGAGGAAAGUGAAGAGGAUGGAGCUGCAGACUCUACAGGAAGCCCUAAAAGUGGAAAUACAGGUUCACCAGAAAUUGGUUGCCCAGAUGAAGCAGGAUCCUCAGAAUGCAGACUUGAAGAAACAGCUCCACGAACUCCAAGCCAAAAUCACAUCUUUGAGUGAAAAGCAAAAACUGGUGGUAGAACAACUUCGGAAAAAUCUGAUGGUCAAACAGGAACUCCCAGACAACAAGCUUCUCAUUCAGCCUCUCCUCCAGCUAGAAUGCAAGCCAGCAACACCACAAGUGCAGCAACAACCGCAGCAAAUACAUAUUCAACCGCUUCAGUCGCAGUCCUUGUCCCAAGCAUCGGCUGUAUCUCUUCCAGGCUUCAGUGGGUCACAGACUGUGGCCACCGCUUCUAUGAUCACGGCAAAGACUCUACCUCUCGUGUUGAAAGCCGCAGCAGCAGCCAUGCCCGCUUCUAUAAUUGGACAGAGACCGACCAUCGCCAUGGUGACUGCCAUUAACAGCCAGAAAGCAGUCCUGGGCACCGAUGUGCAGAAUGCAGCUAUCAACUUGCAGACGUCCAACAAAGUCCACGGUCAGGGUGCAGAGACCUUUCAAAUAGUGGCAAAAAAUGCUGUUACUUUGCAGGUUCAAUCUGCAACUUCACAGCAUAUCAAAGUCCCUCAGUUCAUCCCACCCCCUCGGCUCACUCCUCGUCCAAAUUUUCUUCCACAGGUGCGGCCAAAGCCAGCAGCACAGAAUAACAUUCCUAUAGCCCCUGCACCGCCCCCCAUGUUGGCAGCUCCUCAACUCAUUCAGAGGCCCGUUAUGUUAGCCACAAAGCUAACCCCCACAACACAGAACUCUAUCCAUCCCGUGCGCAUAGUGAAUGGACAGCCUGCAGCCAUCUCCAAAGCCUUCCCAACGGCACAGCUUACUAGCAUUGUGAUAGCAGCACCAGGAACACGACUUGCUGCCCCCCAGACUGUGCAGCUUCCCAAACCAAACGUGGAAAAGCAGAUAGUCAAAGCUCAGGUGGAAACAAAAGAAAAGCCAACUGAAAUCAUUACGCCGGUGCCACCUGCCCCCAAGCCAAAACGAGAGGAAAACCCACAGAAACUUGCCUUCAUGGUGUCGUUAGGAUUAGUGACGCAUGACCAUUUGGAAGAAAUUCAAAGUAAACGACAAGAGCGGAAAAGAAGAACAACGGCAAAUCCGGUGUACAGCGGCGCCGUGUUUGAACCAGAGCGCAAGAAAAGUGCCGUGACGUACCUGAACAGCACGAUGCACCCAGGGACGCGGAAGAGAGGUCGUCCUCCUAAAUACAACACGGUGCUGGGUUUGGGCGCCUUGCCACCUACCUCCCCUCCAUCCAGUCAUCCAGACUCCCCUGAAAGUGAAAAGACACAGAUCACAUGUCAUUUACCUGCAAGUGUCCUGCCUGUGUCCCUGCCCAGUCCUUUUUCCACCGACGCUGACAUCCAUGAGGAUUUUUGCAGCAUCUGCAGAAAGAGCGGACAGUUACUGAUGUGCGACACGUGUUCACGUGUUUACCACCUGGACUGUUUGGAGCCUCCUCUCAAAUCCAUUCCCAAGGGCAUGUGGAUCUGUCCCAAAUGCCAUGACCAGAUGAUGAAGAAGGAGGACGCCAUCCCUUGGCCUGGAACCUUAGCCAUUGUCCACUCGUACAUAGCGUAUAAAGCAGCUAAAGAGGAGGAGAAGCAAAAACUACUCAAGUGGAGUACAGACCUUAAACAGGAACGAGAACAGUUGGAGCAGAAAAUGAAACAGCUCAGCAGUUCCAUAGCAAAAUGCAUGGAAAUGAAGACCAGUAUCCUAUCCCGGCAGAAAGAUAUGCACAGCUCACUUGAAAAAGUAAAAAGUCUUAUCCGGCUCAUUCAGGACAUCGACCUCAGCAAACCCGUUCAUUCAGAGGUGACCUCUAACCACAGCCAGGACUGCACUGCUACUGCCAACAGUCCCAUCCCUGACCCCCUCACAGCCUCCUUGUCCUCACCUAGUGGUGCCCAGAAGAACUGCAACCAGGGGGAGGAGCCUAAGUAACAUGCCACUCGCAUGGCGCCAUGAAAAUAGGACUAGCCGCGUCUGAUUGGUUCCUGGGAGAGACUGGACCACGAUCUCCCCGGGACAAGGACGUAAGCACUGGAGUUUUGCCAAUAAACCUUUUAUUCUGUGUGUUCCACGUGUGAGCUGGGAAGUUCUGCCAGCACCAUGCCAAGUGAGAAAUAGAAACAAAUCUCAAACUUUAAUCUCUAUCUUACACCAGUGUGUGCCUGCAGCAGCCUCCACAACAAUCACACUUCGGCUUGAUUUUUACCUUUCAUUUUCUUUUUACCAAGUGCUCCUCCCCCUUUUCUGCUAAACCUUGUGCGGAGGUCGCAAGGGGCGGGGCAUGCUUACCAUGUCCAAAGACUAGCGAGAGUCCCAUCAGCAAAACUCCAAGACGUUCAACCAAAAAGAGAGAAAAAGAUAUUUCUGCACCCGGCAGUCUCUGGAAAGGGAGGUUGUGGAAGGUCUCUAGACAGUAUUUCAGGUUUAAUUGUUUAUUUUUUCCCCUGUGUCCUCCUUUCCAACGCUGGUGUGAGUGUGGGAAGCCUGUGUGUGUGUUUGUGUAAGCGUGCGUCCUCGAGACCGUGAAAUUGCAACGGAAACCUGUCUUGUUGAAUCCGUUGGAAAGUGUUAGUAAGUCUCUUGCAUCCAAUCAGAAUCAAAUCCCAUGUUUUGGGGGUGUGCCUAAAGAUGGGAACUUCCCCUUCUGAUGUAAAUCGUCCCCACUGAUAGGCUGGAAAGUAGUGAUAUGAGGGCUGCCCGAUACCCACGGGUUGGCGGGUUCGGCCCGACCUCGCACUCUUCUUCACUUGUGCGGGUUGAACUUUUCUCCUGCUCUCCCCGCCCACCACCUUCAAAUGCCGGCUUUCCGACUUCCGGGUGCAUCUUUUAUAGUCGCUGCGCCUGCUCGUCCCACUCCUUUUGUGACAUCAUCGGUGGGGCGGCGCCUGUCUAUAAAAGCAACCCGGGUGCAGGUGGGCGUGGGCUAAGGGAGGGCGAGUUAGUGUCGGGGGCGGGUUGGGAAAUUGCGAUCAGCACAUGAUUACUGGAAAGCUUUUUCUCAUCUCUAGGCUUUGCCUAAUGCAUAUCCCUCAGUGUUCAUCCCCCUCCCCUUCUCACUUAGGGUUGCCACCCAGUACAGCCCCGUAAGCCCCUGUCCCACCCCCUUAAAGGAUAAGUAAACCUUUAAAAUAACUAAAUGUAAAAUUGAUGAGGGGCUAGUCUAAGCGCUUUUGUCAUUUACAUUCAUUAUUUAUUUUCUUUUUAUUCCAAGAUAUUAAGGGAUACAU